CCGGUGAGGCGCGCGAGGUUUGCUUGGUACCAAACGACCUCAAAUCUUGAGAGCUUUAACAUUAGCUACAAAUUCGAAUUUUCGACCCAUUUCCAGCGUGUUUUUGGCUUAUAACUUUGACACUUUAUGUGAAAUAUUGCGUCGUACUGAAAAGCCACCUCACGCCGUUAUGAUAUGCCAAACAGAACCAAAUAUUCGGGAGCAUUUCAGUCUCGAGGAGUGAAUUUCCUACCUUCACAGACCAUGUACGACUGUUUGACAGAAGAACUCUGGAAAGAGUUGGGACAGGUGGACCCCGACUGGUUCCAGGUGUUGACCACACGAGCAUCGAAAGAAGCCAACCUCUCUGAUUCCGAUGAUCAAGAAGAACUUUGUCCCAACCAGGAGGCGAAUUUCAAGACGCCUUUACGCAAAACUGUUUCUGCCUGCGUGCCUCAGUCUUCAACACCUCAAGUGUUCCGACGCGGCUGCGUUGCGUCCCCGGACGGUGCCGACCAGCAAGAGAACGAACUGCUGCCAUGGGGCGCCAGGAGUCUGUCUUUGUUUGGGCCUACCAAAGACACGGUCCCACGUUCAAAUGAUGGAAUUGCACACUCGCGCAUUCCUGACUGGUUGGAUCUGAUUCACACACCACAAGCAUCUCUAGCCAGUUAUGCACGGCACAUCUCGGAAAGUCUGGGCGCAGACCUCCACCCUGACAUCUCGUGGACCAGCUCUUUGAAUACGCCGUCGCCUCUGCCUCUGCCUCUGCCUUCCACCCUCAUUUUAUCUAACCCAGAUGAAAGUCCCAGCACCAUGGCGAUUUGUAUGGACAAGAGCGCCGUGCUGGUUCGGAAGCUUUUCCCUUCUCUGUCCAACAAUGUCAGGGCAGAAGUUGCGGCUGUACAAAACAGCGACCCGCUUGAGGUUCUACGAGAUGCUGAUUUCCCCGAGGCUGGCCCUCAUUCAACCCCCCCAAAAUCCCCCCCGAGAUUCCCGGAGCAGCCCCCUGAAGCCGGCGGGGACCCGCUGAUCCAGGCGGCCGGUGUUCUUGACUGGACCGAAAACAACCAGUGCACGUUUCCCACUGACGGCGAAGGAAGGGAAAGGAGGCAAGAAGACGACGGUAACGCCUCAGAUGUGGCAACGGAGCCCAAGUUCUCUGAUCAAGCUCAGCCAGUAGAACCUGAGGACAAUGCACUGACACAGUGGUCACCAUUGAGUUUAUCAGACAUUGCGCUUCCCGUCGCCGCUGCUGCACAAGCGGCAGAUCAAUGCGCGACAUCACCAGCGAGCGAAGGCAAUCGUGCCCGUCCAAUCGGGCCCUCGUUGAACUUUGCCGCAUUUACCAAGAAGAAGACCAAAUUUAUUUACGUCAUUGAUAAGGAGAAGCACUCUGUGAAGGACACGUACUUGAUUCCGGAUAAUACGCUGCCUGCCAAUGAUGGAAAGGAGGAGCUUCAACAACGGGAAGAAAAGCCGCCUUCCUCGCUUCACGUCAACCCGCAGGAUUUGGACAUGUCGCAGCUCGGACGAGCAUUUGCGCAAGACUUCAGUCAGAUGUCGUGUCCGAGCGCUCCGCGUAAAUUGGGUCUGCCGCCUCCUCCUCGUGGAUUCUCCCCGUUGACCCGUCUGACUGCAUCCAAGUUUGCCCCACGCAAAACCAAAAGCUCCGGCGACGGCGAAGCGCCUUUGGAUGAGUCGGUCGACGAGCCGGCGGCGGGCGACAGCGGCUUCCUGUCGGCCGGCGCCGACAUCUCGCAGCUGACUGCGUCCUCCGCGGAGAAACGUGAAGCGAGUCACCCAAAGAAAAACCACAAACAAAAUGAGCUUUGCUCGGAAGACCUUUUACUUGACACGUGGACCGACACCAAGGACGCAUCAGCGCCGACGCCGGCGACUUUAAAAGAGUUAGCUGGUCAUCUAGUUUCCGUUCAGUCUCUCAAAGAGACUGCAAAUGUGUCACCUUUGGAUAGAACUUCCGACAAACGUAUGCAGAUGUGGACAGCCAACGUGCAGAAAGCAGAAGGACUUUUUGAACAGCAGCAACCGAUCAAAAGUGAAUCAGAUUCCACCGCGAGCAUUUCCGAAAAGUGUACGCGGAAAGAUGAAAAUAGUAAAGUGACGGAGGAGUCACCACAAGGCUUCUCUCAGUCCUUCAAACAAGGUCAAAUUGCUCCAGAAAGUCUCGCAAACGGUUACCACGGUGAUGUCAAAAAGGAAAUUCCUGCACACUCGUGUCCACCGAGAGAUUCCCAAAACAAGUGCUUGGAAGAGGAUCCUUCUGACACAAACGGCUUCUCUUCAUCCACCAAACAAGUUCAGCAUGCUCCAGAAAGUCCCGGAAACUCAAACGCACUCACGUGUCAAGGUGAUCAAGCCUCGGAAUGCCGCCGUGACACCAGAGAGCAAACUCCCGCAACUCUGGAGUCCCCAAACUACCAGCUGAGUGCCUCCCAGAAAGCUGAUGUGAAGGCCUUGUGCAGCCUCCUGGAAGAAGAAGGCAGCCAGUUUGACUUCACGCAGUUCAGAAGCAUCAAGUCGGGACCCAAAACGGACAAAGUCCUUGAACCGUCCUUGCUGAGCAGGAUGGAUUUCAAUGACAGCUUUUGCGCAGAGGCCCAGGAGAAGUCGCCAACAAAUCCUGAAGAACAAGCCGGCGUCGCUAAGCAACCCCUCCUCGCACAUCAAACGGAAAGCAAAGAAACAAUCCCCGAAACGCUCCAAGAAAGCGUUUACAAAAAAUGCCUGACCAAAAGCAAACAUUUAUUUCCACCGAGCGUUGAAAACAGUAGCGAGGCGCUGCGUGGGCGCGGCUCCGGGAAAGCCCAUCAAUUUAUCGACGCCUCCGAGAGCGUCGAGCCGCCUCGAGGCUUCUUUUCGUCCGUCCAAGGCGUGCCUCACAAUGGCUUUCAGAUGGCCAGUGGCAAAAGCGUUGUGUUUUCGCCCAGCGCCAUGCAAAGGGCACAGUCUGUCUUCAAAGAAAACCAACAACACCCUGCGGAUGGAGAGCCGCUCACCAAUAUGGCCGCCUCCCUCAAUCUUGCCAGAGGGAAGAGCCAAUCCGUGUCGGAAGAAGAGCAAAGAAGCUUGUCAGCCAUCAACGCUGAGCUGAGCGGAUUCCAAACAGCGGCAGGGAAACAAGUUGCCGUUUCCGCCGCUGCUCUGAACAAAGCCAAAUCCUUGCUAGAUGAUUGUCAUGAACUUGAGGAACAUCCAGCCCGUGACUCAACAGUCAUGAAAAGUGAGCCUGCGUCAUUUUCAACCGAUACUCUCGACCUCGGCUCCACUUCAAAGUCGCUGGAUGCUCAAAACCUUGCAAGUUCACAUUUUCCUACUGGUGGUUUCUCCACCGCCAGUGGUAAAAAAGUUGCGGUGUCUUCGGCGGCCCUGGCAAAAGCCAAACACGUUUUGAAAGAAGACAACCUGGGUGUGCAGUCGCAGCGCGGAAGCUCCUCCCUCUUCCGCCACCAGCAGCAGCCGGACGGCUUCCAAACAGCCAAUGGCAAACCGCUUGCUCUUUCCUCUGCUGCACUCAAGAAGGCCAAAUUGUUGCUUGAUGCUUGCACCGAAGUCAAAGAACAUCCCGCCUGCCAGCCGCCAGACAGAAAAAGUGACCUUGAAAAGUCGGCCUUAUUUUCAGACCGCUCGCUCUUGGAGAAUCUCACCUCCGCUUCAGAGGAUCCAGACAAAGACAUCACGGACGGUCGUGACGCAACGUCGCCUGUCGGAGCGAGCGAAUCCAAGCUUGGCAACGAGACCGCCGCACCCUUGCUAGAGCAUCGAGACGUAAGCGGAUUCUCUACUGCCGGCGGGAAGAGCGUGUCUGUGUCCGACGAAGCCAUGACGAGAGCCAAAUCCAUCUGGAGUGACGCUAGCUUGCAAAAUGACAAACGGGACAGCCUGCAAAAUGUCGCAUCCCCGGCGGCGGCCGGCGGCAGAAGAGCAAAAUUCAUCACACCCGAUGUGCCGACGUCUCCGUCCGCCGCUUGUGGCUUCAGCACAGCCAGCGGCAAAAAUGUUCUUGUGUCUGAUAACGCUGUGGCGAGAGCAAAAGCACUCCUGGAUGACAAAGACUCCGGCUUCCCGUCGUCUGCAGCCGAAAAGAAAGCAAACCCUCCCCUGAACGAGGACCGGGACCCAAAAACAAGCGACAAAAUGAGCAGCUGCGGGUUCAGCUCAGCCAGCGGGAGGCCCGUGGCCGUUUCCAGCCGGGCCCUCCUGAAAGCCAAAGCUCUCUUUGAUGAAGUCGCUCCACUGGGUGCCCACGAGAAAAACUUCAGCGUCCCUUCACCGGCUCCGAGCGCACACUUAGGAGAAAAGAGGCCGGCGGCUCGUGAAGAGGGCGACCCCCACAGGUGGCAAAUGUCGACACCGGAAGACGGCGCCAUGGUCAACUUGGAGCCCUCGGACCUGACGGACUGCACGGAAACGCAGCAGUUGUUUCUGGCCCGGGAAGCGCUGGACUGCACCAAAGCUUUGCUGGAGGACGAGAAUAUCGCGGCGAGUUUGGAAGACGCCCGGCCGGAGAAGGGCGCCUGCUGUCACGCGCGGCGGGGGCGAGCGCCUGGCAAAAGAUCCGCAGAAAACACCCAACGGCCCGAGCAACCCGCUGCCAAACGAGCACUGCUGGACCAACUGGACAGAUGUGUGGAUAGUCGGCGAGGAGUCCGCCUCUGUCCUCUCACGAGCUGUCCCACAGGUCUGACAAAGGACAGGCCGGCGUUGACGUCCAACGUGUUGCUGGGUCCAAACAUCACCAGACCGCUCAGGGACGGUUACAUGGAGGCUGCCGCGUCACCGAGGAGCGAGCGGCGGCCCUCCGCGACUUUACUUCCUCCGUGGUUCAAGAAGAGCGAGGCGCAACCGCGGAGGAGCGAGGACGCAAUCUCGCCUCCCGCCUUUGUUCCUCCGUUUAGAAGAGGAGUUGAACGGAGCGCCGCAAAACCGUUUGGUAGCGGCCCACAAACAACAACACAAAGCAGCACGGCGCCCCCUCACGCAAUGGCCUCGGACCAAAGUAUGAGCCGUGACGUCUCGGCUCAAAGCCCACCGGCUGACGCGUGUCGGAGUCAAGGGACGCCACCGGAUGACGUUGACUUGGCGCGAGACAUGCAAGACAUGAGGAUCCGCAAGAAGAAGCACCAGACGAUAAGGCCUUUGCCCGGCGCCUUGUUUCGAGCCAAAAGCUCGGGCGCCGCCAGGAUACGUUUGAAGGACGCGGUGGCUCGGAGGCCCCCGGCCAAGUACACCCGCAAACAGCUGUACGAAUGCGGAGUGCACGGGUACGUGGGAGACGUCACCAGCCGAUCCGCCGAGGCUUUUCGCUUCCAUCUCGAGCUCUUCUACAAAAAGGAAGCCUUGGCCGGCAUCCAACUCGCCGACGGCGGACGGCUGAUUCCCGGCGGGGACGGGACGGCCGGCAGAGAGCACUUCUACAGGGCCUUGUGCGACACACCCGGCGUGGAUCCCAAAUUGCUGAGUGACGAGUGGGUGCACAAUCACUACAGGUGGAUUGUGUGGAAGCUGGCCUGCAUGGAGAGGUCCUUCCCAGAAAGCAUGGGAGGCCGAUGCCUCACCCCCGAGAGGGUCCUACUGCAGCUCAAGUACAGGUAUGACGUGGAGGUGGACCACAGCCGCAGGCCCGCGCUGAGGAAGAUCACGGAAAAGGACGACACGGCGGCCAAGACUCUGGUCCUGUGCGUGUGCGGGGUGGACUCGGUAGGCCCGGCGGAAAACGCCUGCGCGGUGGUGUGGCUGACCGAUGGCUGGUACGCGCUGAGAACCCAGCUGGAUGAGCCCUUGAGCCAGCUGCUCCGCAAGGGCCGACUGGCCGAAGGCGGGAAGAUCAUCACCCACGGCGCUCAGCUGGUGGGCUCGCAGGAGGCUUGUGCGCCGCUGGAGGCGCCGCACUCGCUUAUGUUGAAGAUAUUUGCCAAUAGCACCAGACCGGCGCGAUGGGACACCAAGCUUGGAUUUCACCGAGAUCCUCGGCCGUUCCUGCUUCCGCUGUCGUCGCUGCACAGUAACGGAGGGCCUGUUGGCUGCGUGGACAUUGUGGUUCUGAGAAGUUACCCCCUUCAGUGGAUGGAGAGGAAGUCGGACGGAGGCGUGGCGUUCCGCUCGGCCCGCGCCGAAGAGAAGGAGCAAGCUCAUUACAACAGCCGUAAACAGAAGGCCAUGGAGGCGCUUUAUGCCAAGAUGGAGGCCGAGCUGGAACAGGAAGACAAGGAGAGCAAAUUACAAGCUCCGAGACGGAGCGUGAGCCAUCGAGACGUCGAAGGUUUGCAAGACGGGCGGGAGCUCUACGAUGCUGUGGGAGAUGACCUCGCUGAACUGGAGGCCCAUCUGAGCGAGCGGCAGCUGGAGACGCUGCAAGCUUACAGACGUUCGCUCGUGGACAAGAAACGGGCGCAGUUGCUGGAUCGCUACCAAAACACAGACGACGGCCUGGCGAGCUGCCCUCAGAGAGACGUCACCCCCGUCUGGAGACUCUGCGUGGCCGACUCUUUGAAUCCCACCGGCGCCAUUUACCAGUUGAACCUUUGGCGGCCGUCCUCGGACACGCUGGCCUUGCUAAAGGAAGGUCGUCGAUACAAAGUCUACAACUUGACCGCGUCAAACAGGAAGAAGCAUGACGGUCUUGCCACGCUUCAGCUCAGCGCCAACAAAAAGACACAAUUUCAAGACCUUCAGACUUCUCCGGAAUGCUUAUCAGCGUGCUUUCAACCGAGAGUGUCGACCGAAUUUGCGGCUCUUCAAAACCCGGACUUCCGUCCUCCGUGCGGCGAGGUCGAUCUGACAGGAUGUGUCGUCAGCGUGUUGGACGGAAAAGGCCUUUCUCCAGCCUUCUACUUGGUGGACCGCAACAUGAACUUUGUGAAGGUGCGCUGUUUCAGCAGCCUGCUUCAGGCCGACCUGCUGGAUGUCGUGAGGCCCGGCGUGCUGGUCGCUCUGAGCAACCUGCAGCUGAGGGGCCAAUCCACGCGGCCCACCCCCGUCGUGUACGCGGGAGACCUCACCGUCUUCACCACCAACCCCAAAGAAGAGCAUCUACAAAAAGUCCUGGCACAGCUCAGGAACCUUCUGCGGGAACAAGCUAACUUCUUAGCGUGCGCUGAGGACAAACUUUCCCAAGUGCUCAAGUCUGACGGAUGGAGCUCCGUCUGUUCUCCCUCUCUCAAAACUCCACCGACGCAACACUUGAGGACAAACCAGCCAAUCAAAAGCCUGGGCUGCUUCACUCCACUGAGCAGGAAUUUUCAGCCGCCAGCCAAUGCUUCUUCAUCAGACCCAAGAAGCUGGAGGACGAGGCGGGCCGCGGACUCCCUCUCUCGCGUGCCAUCCCCGCCGUUGUUUCUCCAUCCGCGCUUGGCUGCUUCACCCUCCGUCAACAAAACUUUCACCCCUCCUCGGAGAGCCAACGCACCCCUCACUUCUAAAAGCGUCGCCCCCCCAAACCCGGCGCCUCUAUCUGCAAGCCCACCCGAAGUAAAGGAGGAGGAAGCUUGGGUCAACGACCACGAGCUCGCGAUGAUUGACACGCAGGCGUUACAUGUCAGCGAUGCGCUGUAACUGCAAACUUCUGAAAGUGAGUCACAACCUAAAAGUGAAGCUAGUAUUGUUCUUAUUUAAUAUGUAAAUAGAGGUUGCUUAACAGGAAAAGUGAUCAGGCACAUAUGUGCAAUGUUUCCUGCCAGUCGUUAGGUGGCGCUGUGUGCCCGUUCAGCUGCAUUCCAUGAAGGUGGGAAUUCGUAUUGUCCUUGCGUUCCAGGCGAAUGUUAACAACAAAGCUAUCUGUAUUCGAGAAAUGUUUUUGAAAAUAAAUGAAGGUUACAAAACGAG